CUGUGAUUGGCAUUGCACAUUGCACAUUCGUGUAUAUGUAAUGUAUGUAUUUUGUCCGAUAACAUCGUGAAAUUCAUUCUAUAAAAACCCGAUAAUUUACCAUGGCGGAUAAACUGAAGAUCGGUGGUUAUCCUGCGGAAUACGAUUUUGUGAGACACGGGCCGUAUGAUCCUGCACGUUAUUAUGGAAAGCCUGACACUGCGUUCUUGGAUCUGAAACUCAACGAGAUCCCUGCCUGGAUCGCGAGACGACAAAAGAGUCCACAGGCACUUGCGGCACUGUGCUCCCGAGCGUUUUGGCGUUGGCAGCAUAAGUACUUGCAGCCUAAACGAACUGGUAUAGCUCCUUUCUUCCAAGUGGUAGUGGUUUCUAUGUUUGCGUUCUAUGUAAUGAAUUACAAAAAGCUACGUCAUCACAAGUCCUACAAGUAUCACUAAUUGUACUCUAUUAGUGAUAGAGUGUCUCUAUAUCUAGACACUUCCAUAGAUGAUCAGAAUAAAAGUAACUCGUGCAUCAGUUAUUCACGAAAGAUGUUGAGCUGUUUAGGAUGCGUUUGAAUAAAUAUUCUUAGUAUGCACAAAAAUACAUAAUUUAUUAUAUUGGCUAUAUUAACUCCCAUCUAAUAUAAAAUGUUAAUUGAAAAUUAUCUGAACGUAGCAAUAAAGUUUAAUGAAACUAAUCCUAUUUCUUGGAAAUUAUAAUACAGAGAUGUCUAAGUUAUACAAAAUAAUAUACAUAAUGAAUCGGUUGAAAAACGUAUAGCUAUUUUAAAGAAAUAAAUUUUUAGGAAGAAAGUA